GCGCCUCGGAUUUGUGCUGCGUGCGGUGAGGAUAACACGUGUAGGUGCGGAGAAGGAAGGUUGUUUUCACCGGGAGACCAAGGAAGACGCGUGGAGACUUCUUGACCUGGACUGGCUGGAGCAUCUGUGGCGUCCCGACAGCUUCUUCAAGAACGCGAAGGAGGUCAAUUUUCAGACGAUGACGAUACCCAACCACUACGUGUGGCUCUACAAGGACUUCUCCAUCCUCUAUAUGGCAAGUAGGCUGACGCUGACGUUGUCCUGUGCCAUGAAUUUCGCCAUCUACCCCCACGAUACUCAGGAAUGCAAACUGCAGAUGGAGAGUUUGUCCCACACAACAGACGACCUGGUCUUCCAGUGGGACCGCUCCGUGCCGCUGGUCGUCGACGAGCACAUCGAACUCCCCCAGCAGAUGAUCGUCAGCAACACCACCUCGGACUGCACGCAGGUCUACUCCACAGGUAACUUCACUUGUCUCGAGAUUGUGUUUCGACUCAAACGGCGCCUCGGACAUUACCUGUUCCACACCUACAUCCCCACCUGCCUCAUCGUCAUCAUGUCGUGGAUUUCGUUCUGGAUCCGGCCCGAGAUCGCCCCGGCUCGUGUGACCUUAGGCGUGACCUCGCUGCUGACCUUGUCGACCCAGCACGCCAAGAGUCAAGCCGCUCUUCCUCCUGUUUCGUACAUCAAGGCGAUUGAUGUUUUCAUGUCUUCUUGUACGGUGUUCGUGUUCAUGGCCCUUAUGGAGUACGCGGUGGUCAACGUGAUCCUAGGUGACGGUCCGGGAGACGACAAGAAGCCCGGGUCACAAGGUCAAAAUCCCGACCCCAAGGCAGCCAAGGUCACCUACACGUCCAUCAAGGUCAGUCAAGAAAGCGCUCGGUUCCUGACGGGCGAACCCCCACUGCCGCGCCCUGUGCCCCCGAAGACCUCGGCCCAGGAGAGGCGUGCCAGGGCCAUCAUGGUGGACAGAGGCUCUCGUUACCUCUUCCCGCUCUCCUUCGCCAUCCUCAACUGCAUCUACUGGAUCACCUUCUGGAGCUACUUGUGAAGGUCUU